AUGACAAAAUUUCGUCGUCGACAUAGGGUUGGCAAAAGUGAAAAUGACCGAGUAUAUUUAGUCGAAAAUAAUAAUGACAAUAGUAAUAAUAGGCAUGAAUAUUCAAAGAUACGUCGAAUAGCAUGGAAAUUAGCAAAAGGUACAUGGAGAGCAUUGAAAAUUGGUUUUCAAACAGCCAUAACUACUCAAUCGUUUUGUAUUGUCGUUGAACCAAACACAGUCGCGACAACUAUAGUUGAAUAUCAAAUGCGAAAUACAGAACGACAAUGA